AAAUUCCCCACUUUAGUUGGAAGCAGUCAGCGGAGAGCGAGUGACCGAUCGGAGAAGCUGCGGAGAAAUUGAGGACAAGGAGGCAUGGAGUUUGUUGACAUCCCAACCAAGCAUUUUCUGGAGCAGUUUGUGGCGCUGUUCGGACUUGCUCCACCAGUUGUCUGUUGGAGGCCUGCUCCUGAGGGAUUGUACAUUGUGGGGGUUCAGGUUAACCUUGGUCCUGCGGACAGGGUUCCUCACGUGUACUAUGAAGCUGCAGGAGCCACUAUCCCUGAGGCGGAGCAGGCAGCCUGCCUGAUGGUGAUCCACGCCGUAGCUGCCGAACGUAAUGUGGAAAUUAGGGAUAUUAACUACUACCACCUAGGGUACCUGCAGCAUCAGGUGGAGGAUCUGCGCAAGAAGCUGAUGGAGGCCGAGCAUCUUUGUGCUGAACUGAUGAACAUUGUCCGCUCCAGCGAGAGUGAGGUCGCUUUUCUGGAGCGCCUCACUCACAGGUUCUAUCGUCGCAUUCGCUGCCUGAGGGACACUGUGGCUGCACUGCAGCAUGGUGGUGGCGGAAGUUCCAGCGGCAGUGUGUGA